CUGUGACUUGGAAGGAUGUUUUAUCACAAUAGGAGCAUUUUUCACCCAACUACAUUUUUCCUCAUUGGAAUCCCAGGUCUGGAAGAGGUCCACGGCUGGAUCUCCCUGCCUUUCUGCUCUGUUUACCUUGUGGCUUUACUGGGAAAUGUCACGAUUCUGCUGGUCAUCAAGACAGAGAAGACCCUCCAGGAGCCCAUGUUCUACUUCCUGGCCAUCCUUUCAACAAUUGAUUUGGCCCUUUCAACAACCUCAGUACCCCGUAUGCUGGGUAUCUUCUGGUUUGAUGCUCAUGAGAUUAAUUUUGGAGCUUGUGUGGCCCAGAUGUUCCUGAUCCAUGCUUUUACUGGCAUGGAAGCUGAAGUCUUACUGGCGAUGGCCUUUGACUGUUAUGUGGCUAUCUGUGCUCCACUCCACUACACGACCAUUUUGACAUCCCGGGUGCUCAUGGGCAUCAGCAUGUGCAUUGUAAUUCGUCCAGUUCUGCUUACACUUCCCAUGAUCUAUCUUGUCUAUCGCCUACCAUUUUGCCAGGCUUAUAUAAUACCUCAUUCCUACUGUGAACACAUGGGAAUUGCAAAACUGUCCUGUGGAAAUAUCCGAAUUAAUAGUAUCUAUGGACUUUUUGUUGUUUUGUUCUUUGUCCUAAACCUAGUCCUUAUUGGCAUCUCCUAUGUUUAUAUUCUCUGGGUUGUCUUCUGUCUCCCAUCCCAAGAUGCACGACUAAAAGCCCUAAGCACAUGUGGGUCCCAUAUUGGGGUCAUCUGUGUUUUCUAUAUCCCCUCAGUCUUCUCUUUCCUUACCCACCGAUUUGGACACAAAAUACCUCACUAUAUUCAUAUUCUUGUUGCCAACCUCUAUUUGAUUAUCCUACCCUCACUCAACCCCAUCAUUUAUGGUAUAAAGACCAAACAGAUAUGGGAGCCUGUGCUCCGUGCCUUUAUUAAAAAAUAAGACACUUACCACAUUGUUUUAUUAAGGAUUUUGAUCUCUCAAGGAAGAUAUGCAUAUUCUUGCUUUAACAAAUAUCUCCUGGUCCUGAUCUAUUGCUGCCAGAUUGCAACACAAGUUGAUUUAUCCCUAACUGCUGACUAAUGGGUUCUAGGACUUGUGGAAACUUUAUUGGAGCUUCAGUUCAAAGGUUAACAGGCUAACUUGAAAGGAAGCUGUUGUGGUCUCUAUUUGUAUGUCAUACUUUGUUCUUGAUAGCAUGAAACUACUACUUUUCUAGGCAAAGAAUGUAUAUAUGGUGUGUUU